AUGGCAGCCUCCAUUGACCGCUGGAAGCAGACGGCCGAUCGUCUGCUCAUUGAGCCCUGGAGGGGGAUGUUCUGCGAUUUUCUGGCUGAGCACCGAGCUGCAGGUUCUGGUUUUGCCGCUGCCAAUCCUGAGGUGAAAGCCAUGAGGUUGUUGGUGCCUGACCUUAGCAAGCGAAGCAUUGCUCUCAAAGUGGACGACCACAUUGUUUGCUUUGGGCCGCAAGUUCAUGAUGCGAGUUGGGAAGCAUUGGCAUUUGGUGAUGACACUCUGAUUGUGCACCGCUCGUGUUGGCGACCUGAAGAGCCUUUUCAUUUGCUACACCUAUUUGCUGGAGCGUACAGCGGAUGGUCGCGUGCUGUCCAUUGGCUUGCAAAGACUUUGGAUCAGGUUGAAGUUGCAACAGAGUUGUUCAUUGACAAUGAUCCCAAGAUCAUGGGUGUUUGGUCUUGCCAAACUGGCAUGAGGCAUCAUCACGGCAAGAUGACCAGCAAGACUCCAAUUGAUCUUGCCUCGAAAGCAGGCAGCUGCUACACUGCUGGCCUUUUGAGAAGAACGCCAUCACCACUGCCUCUCCACCAUGCAUUUCGUGGUCGCAAGGUGGCAGAAAACUUGGCUUGA